GACAUUUGGCAACAUAAUCCCGCGUCCCUGUUGUUUACACUUUUUGUGAUAACAGAACAAGUGAUAAUACAACAUGUGUAUUCAUUCCACCCGAAUUUUCAUUUAAUUUCAAAAUUUUUCAAGCAUUGAUUCAAUUCUUAUUUCAAUAAUUACUCCGUUAUCGCAAAUACAAGUAGCAGGAACCCCUAGCUUGCUAGUGAUGGAUGAACGAGUAAGGGGAUAUUACAAUCCGAAGGCCAUUGAAAGAAAAAGAGUGCUCAAGAAGUGGGGAUUUGUGGCAGGUUUUGCAGCUGUGAUCACACUCUGUAUGUGGCCGAUCGCCAUCUCUCCAAUGUUUUGGCCCGAGAAGUAUCAAGAGAUUCAAAAGAAAGGCCGAGCAGGAUUGGAUAUUGAAAAAAUACAACCUGGAGGUAUGAAAGUCUGGGAAGAUCCUUUCGGUAGGAAAAAACCAAGGACUGAAUAAUGAAACAAAGUUUUUUCCCUGUUCUUGUUUAUUUCUGUUUUCCAGCUGUGUAAAUACUUUUAACUGUAGAUCCUGAAUUGUUUCCUUAAAGAUGUUGUUAGGUUUUAAUUUUAACAUGUAGCCCUGUGUACAGACUUCAAAAAUAAACAUUAGUUCUAUGUAAAUCUUCA